AUGCUCAACAACAGCGGCGCUUCCUCCGGUUACAGACCCAAACUGUUCAGCUCCAAAGUCCUUAGUCCCUCAUUUUCGUGUGGGUGCGGUGGACUUCACACAGAAGGAGACAAAGCAUUUGGUGACUUUCUCACUGAUGAAAUCAAAGAGGAGAAGAAGAUUCAAAAGACUAAAUCCCUUCCAAAGAUGUCUGGUGGAUGGGAGUUGGAGUUGAAUGGCACAGAAGCAAAACUUGCCAAAUUUACUUCUGGAGACAAAGUCAUUGUGACGUUCAAUAUCAACAACAGCGUCCCCCCUAACUUUGGAGAAGAUGUGGAACAGGGACAACAGAAACCAGCUGAGGAAGAGCCUGAAAUUGUUUCAACACCAAACUUCAUUGUUGAAGUUACCAAACAAGGAGCUAAGCAUUCACUGGUGUUCGACUGCAAUUUUCCUGAAGAUGAGAUAAGUCACAGUGAAGAGGAAGAGAGUGAUAUAUUUGCCAUUCGAGAGGUCAGCUUUCAGCAGGAAGGAGACACGGACUGGAAGGAAACCAGCUACACUCUGAACACUGACUCUCUGGACUGGGCACUUUAUGACCACCUAAUGGACUUCCUUGCCGACCGUGGAGUUGACAACACAUUUGCCGACGAACUGAUGGAGCUGAGCACGGCCAUCGAGCACCAAGAGUACAUCAAAUUUCUAGAAGAGCUUCAGAACUUUGUUAAAUGUAACUGA